CAGCCUCAAACGCAUAUUUACGCACAUCAACUCUAUUGUUUUAUUAUUUUAGAGAAUUGCCAUUUCCUCUACUUACCUACGAGUAUCAACCUACAUUUGCUUCAGUCGAAGGUGUGUUGAUUUAGCUAAUUUUCCUACAGACUUUCUAUAACAGUUACCUCCGUCAGAAAGUUAUGUUUCCAUCCGCGUUUGUAUGCAGCAAUCCAGAUUUUUUUGCAAUGCAAUUAUGCAAGUCAAAUUCAAUCAUCUUCUCGCAGACUAAACAGGCUUGCAAAAGGAUAGCGUGAAAUAACAGUUUUUAUUAUAUGGCUUUUCAAAAUUCUCUAUUCUGAUUGGUUGACAAGCGGUCCGUGAAAACCCAUAUCCGGACUGUGGUCCGUAUUUUCCGUAUCUGGACCGGUGUCCCGGAUGUCGUUUAUCUGGCGGGAAAUUUUUGCUUUGCAACCAGAAAAAAAUUUUGCUUUUUAAAUUUCCAAUUGCGCUUUACAGAUAAAAAUUUCAAACAACCAAAUUGUUUUUGAUUGAGCAUGCAUGCCUACCGUAUAUAUUGUUACCCAGUGAAACCGACGAUAGCCGAUUUAAUUCGCGCGAAAAGCAAGUGCUCACAGACUCAGUUCAGCCAUAUAAUAAAGCCGCUUGUUCGGUCUGUACUGUGAAAUAUCAGACCUCUGUUUUUGCAUGGACCUCGCUCCUUCGUCGCUCGGUCCAUACUAAAAUACCUCGGUCUGAUAUUUCACAGCACAGACCUCACGCUUGGUCAAUAACCCUUUAAUCCUAUUUUAUUUCUUUAUAUAGAAAUUCCCGACAGAGUCCAACAGUUACAAGCAUUAAACCUAUUGGUUCUUUUACUUCCCGUCGCCCACCGCGACACUUUACGGGUACGUGUAUUCUAUACUAGAUAGCUUCGUCUGAACUGUAGCUUUCAAAUGCAUGAACGAUUGCGCACCUGCCUACUUAUCGUCCCAGUUCAAAACGAGAGGUGAAGUGAGUGGUCGCGAUACAAGAAACAUUAAACAGCUAGACGUUCCGUUAUGCAGAUCAACUGCCGGACAAAGAACAUUCCAUUACAGAACUGUCACUCUCUGGAACAACAUUAACCCUGACUUAAAACUUUGCAAAUCUAUUCCAAGCUUUAAAAUUAAACUGAAACGGGAACUGCUUCAGCAAUUUCUAGAUAGUUAAGGGCAUGUUUUUCUUCUGUUAAUCAGUAAGCGUUGUUGUCAUUGUCGUUGUUAUUGUCCUUGAUGUUGUUGUUGUUGUUUUUGCUGUCGUUGUUGAUGAUGUUGAUGCCUACAGUAGGUUACUGUUGUUAAUGUUGUCAAGAUUUGAUGUCGUGUUUUGUGUAUAAAGUAUUUGCGUGAUCUAAUUAUAUAAAUUUAGGAUCUAAUGUAUAAUUAUAGUAAUUAAUUGAUAUGUAAAUGUAUUUUUGUCACUGAAAACCCCUUUAGGGGAGUGUCAAUAAAGUCAAUAUUCAAUAUUCAACUGUUCUCCCUAGAGGUCCAGUUAAGGCUAUGCAUUUGACAUCGAGGCAAGGCUUUCAAAAUAAGCAGGCGGCCGCCGGGGGUGCCACGAGGUUUACCGCCGGUUACUUUGUUUAGUACUUGAAAUAUCAACUCUGCUCUCCUUCCUCCACUCUAAGCUUUCAAACAAAGUUAUUUUUCCUCAACCUGAUCUACUUUAUGGCCUGAAAACGACGUACUAUUUCGUAAAACUGAUUUAGUUACUUGCCAUCUUAAAGGGAAGUGGCGAUAUUUUUUUAUUUUCUCGUAUGAAAGAACAUUUAAAACCAUAUAUAAAAGUCUUCUACCGUUUUUUCAUAUCUUGCUUACUUCUACAAAUAUUUUAAUCGAAAGAAAUUAAAUGUCCGCCAUCUUGGAUUUUUGUAGAUUUAAUUCUUGAACUUAUCUUGUGGAAGAAUGAAAGUAGUGAUACAUUAUAGUUUGGUUACAGAACUCAGUUGUGUUGCUAUCGAAUCAAUAUACACUAGUUGAUUUGGAUGACUUUGCCUGGUGUAAUGUACUGGUUAAUAAACGAGCAGGAGUGUUUUAUCAGGUUUAAAGCGAUUGCACGUGACAUAUUAUGGUUGACAUGAUUUGCCAAUAAGCUUAUGAAUUAUUAAUGAGUGUUUGAAGUGGCAUUUAAAGUGAUGUUUUCAAUUUUCAGCUGCUGCUGUUAUUUCUGUGUCGUAUCAUUGCAAAACAAAAGGAGAACAAGAUGGACUUGAAUAAUGUUGCCAUGAUAAUGGCGCCCAACCUGUUUCUCAGUACUGGCAAUAAAUCCGGAGCGUCGUUGAGGGAAGUUGAAAUGGCGAAGGGAACCAUCAAUAUUGUCAGAAUGUUGAUAAAAUACCACUCCAUACUUUGGACUGUAAGUGUUCUUGUACAGGCAUUUAGUAGAAGCUUAAAGUGGCACUGUCAUCAAAUUUUUUAGUUUCUUAAACGAAAUGCUCUUAAAACAAACUGUAUAGUAACUUGUUUUGAAGAUUUUUGUUCCCAUGCUUUGUUCUUGAGAUAUUUGAUUUUGUUUGUAACCAUGUGACGUCAUUUACUCAAUUACAUAUAUAAUGAGAUAUCAUUACUGUCGUUCCAAUUGAAGUGUUCCUCAAAUAUUGAUUCAAUACAUACACUUCCUGUGAAAGAGCCAAUUCCAAGUAUUUGAUCAUUUCUGGUCACUUCCUUUCUAUUUAUGAUUGGUUAGUUGCACAAACAACAAAGGUGAUUGGUGCAUUCAAACUAUUCAACAGGAAGUUUACAAUUAUACUAGAAAUUGUAUGAAUAUUUCGAGGAACUUGAUCAAAUGAAUUGGUCAGCCCGAGGUAAUGUAUUGAAUCAAUAUUUGAGGAACACUUCAAUUGGAACGACAGUAAUUGUUGUGUAUCUUUGCUAUUUUUUAUGGAUUUGUUUAAAAAAAACAGUAUGCUUAAUGAUGCAGGUUAAAUUAACAAACGCGCCACAUCUUUGAAAGAUUUUGAUAAAAAAUAGCAAAGAUACACAACAAUUACAGAUACCUCAUUAUAUAUGUAAUUGAGUAAAUGACGUCACAUGGUUACAAACAAAAUCAAAUAUCUCAAGAACUGAGCAUGGGAACAAAAAUCUUCAAAACAAGUUACUAUACAGUUUUACGAGCAUGUUCGUUUAAUAAAAUAAAAAUGUUGAUGACAGUGCCACUUUAAUCAAUAGAAUAAGGUUAGGAAACUCGAUGCUGACGUCAGUGGUGUAACUUUACUUUUUUGACCACUUGCCCUCAGGGCAAGUUGGACAUGAAAAUUAGUUGCCCUGAAUAAAAUUCACAACUCUCAUCGACUUUCAUCAACUCUGAGCUGGUUCGAAUGUUGAUGAAAUUUGAUGAGCAUUUUUGCUCGUUUGACUGGUAAUAUAUAGAGCCACCUCUCAUACAACUCUUGUUCUCGUUUGGUUUGAUCGGGGCAUGAGAGUUGAGGAAACUCUCAUGCAAACUCUUGCUUGUCAACUCUCAUGUCAUCCUCAUUUGACCAUGCAGGGCUUUCACUUUGUUCUAGUAAUAUUUAACGAUGUUUCAAAUGAUUACUGAUCUACCAAGGUUUUCUUAUCUUGAAGGUACCUUCGUUCAUGGUCAGGCAAGUUCGGUUCUUAUACGAAGUCGAACAAUCUGAAAAAUCCAAAGAACCCAAGGUAGGCGUAACAUGUAUGACCGUGACCAGUUCUGUGCAUAGAUAUCUUGUAUACACUAGAUAGUGCAUCUAAUUAUUUUGCAAUUCAAAAAUUGAAGCCGUGAUUGCAGACUCAGGAUAUUCCCAUGAAAUGAGAAGAUUCGUAUAUUUUCUAUUUCUUAAACAGGGAACUUAAACAUUAAGUUAAACCUAUUCCAAAUACAUUUUUAAACUAUUCAAAUGAUGAAAGUUACUGCCAACAUGGCCGCCAUCUAUUCAAAUGGGGGUAACCGCUGGAAUAUUCUUGGCUUCAAUUUUACUAAAAGAGAUGCGCUAUCUAGUGUAUGUAAGAUAUCUAUGGUUCUGUGUGCAAGGUGCGGCAAUAUUAUAAGCGCGUGCGCAUAUUCAUCUUAUCUCCGGAUAUGCAAGUAAUCCGUUGGAAAUUUUCAGGGCAAGAAGAGAAAGGCAAAGAGAGGAGCCUCUGAUCCCACAAUGUAUCACGUGAAUCCAAUGAAGAAAUCCCAAUCACUGGAAGAUCUUGACAGGAUAGAGGUACAGCAAACUGUCACAAAUCUUGGCUAUAGAGUAAAGCCGGGCGCACACGCUACGACUUUAGUCGGCCGAUUUGUGGUUUAGGUGCACAGUAUUUAAUGGAAGGCAAUGCAGCGAGCUGAGGAUUAUUAUUCAAAAUUGUUUAUACACGGUAGCUUAUCAACCUAUAUCUAUUAAGAAUAUGGUGUUUGUAAUGUGUGUGGACUAUAGUAUCCCAAAGGUCGCGGAUUCGAUUCCCACCGUGGUCAGGCUAACUUUUCAGCCUGCUCGGUGUGGAUGUACACUCAGAGUAACAUCAAAAACAUAAUAUGGUGUUUUCUAAUAAAGUUUCAAAUAAUUAAAAUGGUUGCUUUUCAUAUAUAAGGCCGUGUAGAAAUUUAUGAAUGAACAGAAGAAUGAUAUUUACUAUAGUUUAGUCAAUUGUUGUGCAUGCAUAUACGGGACAUUACAUUAUAAUAUUCCAUCGAAAACUUACGCUCUAAGUAACAGCUUUAUAGUUGAAAAAGAUGUUUUAGCAGUUAUACUGGCAAAUUGAAAAUGUCUUCAGAAAUGAGAAAAAAUUUAUUCAUGUGACCCUUAUUAGUGUAUCAGAUUGAUCCUUACCCCACCCCUAACCUCUAACCCCGGGUUUCAACAAGCCAUUGACAACUUGUCAACAAGCUGGGAACAAGCAGUGCGAACACAUCUCGUUGACGAGUUGUUGGAACCGCACUGCAAGUCUGCUACAGUUUGUUACAACUUGUGCGUUUUUUUAUGCGGCCGGAUAGGAUCCCUCAUUUAAAUUAUGAUAUCAGAAAUAUUGAAUGGGACCCCUCAUUUAAAUUAUAAUAUCAGGAAUAUUUGAACUCGCUGUUCGUUUCGUUUUCCCCCCAGCACGAGUUUGAGAAUCACAUCAUUCGAGUGAAAGCUCCAUCGUCGAACAAAGUGGGCAUGGCCCUCCAACUGAGCAAGAAUACGAAGGCAAGAGAUGUCGUCGACAAGUUCUGCAAGGCCACGACGAAAUAUAAAGAAGCAUGGAAGCAAAACACGGUCCCUGCUAAUGCAGGACGCCCGCAGCAAGGAAAUAAGUGUCCCUGUGGAGAUAAUCAUUUUCUUUAUGAAGUUGGUGGUAAUAUAGGUAAGCUAUAGACCUUAUUCAUAAAUCGUGAUGAGGCCUCGUAUCCUAGGAAACGGGAACAAAACGCGGGAAAAUUGACAAAAUGUUUUUUUUUGCUGUCGGCUAUGGCAGCUUUUUUUCGUGAAUAUUACGGCUUUUUUCGAAAAUAUAUCUAUAAAACUGAGCUUGAAAGUUGAAAAAAAUACUUCUGAGAAAAUAUAACAUGACAUUUAAAGCAAAAGAUGCUGGAGUCAAUCGAAAAAGGAAACCUUUGACUUUGUAUUAUUGUCGUAGUUUGUAUGGCCGAAACAAACAACCAACAAGGCUACAAAACGUCUAUACAACACCAAAAUCGUAAGAAAUAUGAAACAAUUGUUGAAGAAAUAAGAUUACAACUCACUCAGGUAAUGUAGCCUUUAUUUUUUAAACUUGUAAGCUGCUUGCAGAAUGUUAUCGAGCCACAGUCAUAGUUCAUAUUUUUUCGUACGAAUCAAUAACAUUUGACGUUCUCUUGUGAUUUUUGACUGUUAUUUUCUUUCAUAUUUAUGUCAAAUUCGAAAAAUUAUACUUCCAUUCCAUAGUUGUCUUGAUUCUUCACGGAAUAAACCUUUAUAUUGACGUUAAAAUCUCAGUAAAAUACUGUUUUUCGCUUCUGGAUAAACACCAUCGCUACGUUGUCAUUUUUUCCACACAAAAACGGGAGAAAAACCGGUCGCUUUUAUAAUAUACUCGUUUACCGCUUUCGUUGUGGGCACAAAGUCUUAAAAUACACACAAAAAUCGUCAUAAAUCGCAAAAAGAAACAAGCAGUUAAAGUCGACACAAAAGCAUCUGAAUUUGGCUUGUCAAGCAGUUUUCGCUUGUUUUCCCGCGUUUUGUUCCCGUAUCCUAGGAUACGAGGCCUCGUCACGAUUUAUGAAUAAGGUCUAUACCAGGCCUCUUAAAAUAUCGGUCAGAGAUCCAGCUCACAAAAUGUUCGAUGAGUUUGGGUGGGACAUAUGUAUUGUGAUGUCCGAUGGAUGUCCGGUGACUUUGAGUUCAGUUUGGCUUCGUCACAGUUCUUCUGUUUCAUCCUUUAAACUCCAGCUCCAUUCUCACUACUCUUCUCAAUUAGAUUCUUCUUUCGAUGUUAACAGAAUGCGCACUUGGAAAACCUACUGCUCUAAAUGCCGUUCUUUCAACUUAAGCCGUUGCUCAUAAUCUAAACUAUUAAUUUUUAUAUAGUUAUGUAAAUAGUGUUCUAGUCCUUGUCUUUAAUGUAUGUCUACUUGUUGUAUUGUAUCAGGUUGGUCUUCACAUGGGACUCAUGUCCUGUUGACCAUAGCUUCAAUCAUAGUUAUAAUUUUUGUAUGAUUGUAAAGUUAAUAAAUAAAUAAAUAAAUUAAGUAUGAAUACAGACACAAAUUAAUAUCAGCACAAUUUGGAGUAGCCUUUUGAAUCUUGACAAUGAAUUUCCACAGUGAAAACCCCGCACUUGAUUACACAUUUCCAGUUCACAUUUUAUACAUUACUCAGAUUCUCCAUGUAACAUAUAUACGAGCCUCUAGUCUUGGACUAGGGUACAUUUUAAUUUACGUUGGACAAAGUUACAGUUAGGUCGGACACCGAUUCUCUCGGGUCGGAUAAACAUUAAUUAAACAAUAAACCUCAGUUUCUUGCAUGGGUCGGACAGAAUGUCGUAUGGUUUCCUCUUUACGUACGAAGACAAUUUCACAAAUGGGUUGGACAAUGUCUGUGACCGACCGAUAUUUAAAGGCCUGGUUACAUUACGGUAAGAGCUCGACAACUGGACUCUAUAUAUACAGUGCACUUGAGUCGCAGUUUCGAUUCCUGCCAGAGCCGAGGGCCUAUAAAGCUGUAUAGUUGUAUUUUUCGCAUCCGCUCCUAACAAGCCCUUGACAAUUCACCCCUGACUUUAUUUCUUUUGUUUUAGGUGAACGAUGUUUGGAUAUGGAAACGAAUUUGUUGCAACUUUCAAGAUUGAAUCCACGCGCCGAGUGGGUAAUCAAAAUAAAAAGUUAACUAUGCAACAAUAGUGGUAGGUAGGCAAUAUAUAACCGAAUAUAUUUUUAAACUAUAUAAUAUAGGACUACGGAACUCGGCAUUUUUAUACACGACAAUUAUGUAUUUAAUUUAACGAACUGAGGCCGGUUGUACGAAGGGCGGAUAGCUGAUUUUCUCCACCUUUCUAUAAAAUGCCUUGAAAAACUUUGAACCACAGAUAUGGAAUUCGCAAUUGAUAAAAGGGUUUAAAAGGGUGUGUUUGUCAACAGAAUAACUCGGAAACUGUCAAACGUAUUAAUGCGAAAAUCUGUGGGACUAAUUGACCUAUUACCUAAUAACCAAAAUUUUGAUCUCAACAAGUCUAGACAAAAAUUUCACCACAGCUUGAAAGAGCAUCUUUCCCAAGUUUCGUUGCGAAAUGUUGUAAAAUGCGGAUAAUAUAGCCCUGCGAAGUUUGCCGUUUUUCAGUCAUUUUGUAUUACGCACGGGAAAUAGAUACCGCUUUCUGACAAAAGGUGCUGUGAAGUCCGUAAUUUUACACAAACGCUUUGUUUACAUUUUGAACUGCUGUAUUUGUAAAAUAUGAUAUACUAACUGAAUAUAUCUGACACUUUUCUGGUUCGCUAUACUUGUAAAUGAAUAUUAUAAACUAUACAUUUCAAUUCAAAAAAGUUCGAAAGAUGCAAAAUUUGGGCAAUGUUUAUAUCUGCAGGUCGCCCUUUGCUAUGAGCAGAACUGAUGCGCAGAACGUACUUUACAGCAUCUUUUAAGUUUAGUCUUGUUUACAUCAAUAAAUGGCAAAUUUUGGAAAGCUUGAAAAAUCACCAUAGCGCUAUCCAGCCUUCAUAUAACCGAGCCCUGUAAUAUAGUGUGCAGUUAUUUAAAUGGUUUGCUAACCGAACCACAUGUGUGUGCAAUUUCACAUACUAUUAUGUUUUCAAAAUACUAGCGUGAGUUCCACCGUGGGUGGUACUAACAUGUUGCCUUUCCAAAUAAAAAAAAUGGAAUCUGAUAAGGAAAUUGGCCCCUCCCCCUUUUUACCAAAGUCAAGUGGGUGCACACACCCUUUCGUUCACCCCACCCCCGAGUAAAUCCUAGCCUGCGAACAGGCUCUCAAGCUGAAUUGAGAGCCUACAUCGAUGACUAAUGAAUUUGAAUAUCUGCGUCUCAAAUCGCGACGCGAAAUUCUCAUUGGUCAGAUGCUAUAAUUUAUAU